CAGAUUCCGGAUGAUCAGUGUGUAGGACGGGACCGACCUGUGGCUCAGCCAUGCAGCAAGUGUUGGACAACAUGCCGGAGGAACAGCCCCCGAGCGGCGGCGGCGGCGGAGGAGGAGGAGGAGCUAAAGACAUCGACCUGCUGUUCCUGCGCGGCAUCAUGGAGAGUCCCACAAAGCCGGAGCAGGAGGACGAGGUGCGUCUGGAGGCGGUGCAGGACAAUAACGUGGAGCUGGUGAGCGACAUUUUAGGCGACAUCAGACACUUGAAGAGCCGAGACCAGAGCGCCGAGGAACUGAGCCGCAUCCUGCAGGAGCCACACUUCCAGACUAAACUAGAACUACAUCAUAAAGUGGUAUGUCUCACGAAUGUCCCGCCCCCCGCUGAGACGACCAACGACGCGGCGGUGAACAGCGCCCUGAUGCAGGCGGACGCCGUCAGGAUGAUCGGCAUCAGGAAGAAGGCCGGAGAACCUCUGGGCGUGACGUUCCGCGUGGACAAAGACGAGCUGGUGAUCGCGCGGAUCCUUCACGGCGGGAUGAUCGACCGCCAGGGCCUGCUCCACGCCGGCGACAUCAUCAAAGAAGUCAACGGGAAAGACGUCGGAAACAACCCCACGGAGCUGCAGGAACUCCUGAAGGAAUGUAGCGGCAGCAUCACCCUGAAGAUCCUGCCCAGCUACAGGGACGCACCUGCCGCGCCACAGGUGUAUGUGCGUCCGUACUUUGACUAUGAUCCGGCCCAUGACAGUCUGAUCCCCUGCAGAGAGGCGGGCAUGUCCUUCCACCGAGGAGACAUCCUCCAGAUCGUCAACAGAGAAGAUCCCAACUGGUGGCAGGCGUGUCACAUGGUGGGCGGGGCCACUGGACUCAUCCCCAGUCAGUUCCUGGAGGAGAAGAGAAAAGCCUUCGUCCCCCGAGACUUCGAAGGAUCAGGGAUGUUGUGUGGGACUCUCGCUGGGAAAAAGAAGAAGAAAAUGAUGUAUCUGACGGCAAAGAACGCAGAGUUCGACCGUCACGAGCUGCAGAUCUACGAGGAGGUGGCCAAAGUCCCGCCCUUUCAGAGGAAGACGCUGGUCCUGAUUGGUGCUCAGGGCGUGGGGAGGCGGAGCUUGAAGAACAGGCUGAUGGUUCUUCACCCGACGCUGUUCGGCACCACCAUCCCCUACACGUCCCGUCGUCCCCGUGACGAGGAGCUGGACGGGAGCUCGUAUCACUUCACUUCGCGCUCGGAGAUGGAGCAGGACGUAAAGGCCGGACGCUUCCUGGAGCACGGAGAAUAUGAAGGAAACCUGUACGGAACCAAGAUCCAGUCCAUCCACCAGGUCGUGUCCACGGGGAGGACCUGCAUCCUGGACGUCAACCCUCAGGCUCUGAAGAUCCUGAGAACCGCAGAGUUUAUGCCGUACGUGGUUUUCAUCGCGGCUCCGGACUUCGAGACGCUCAAGUCGAUGCACACGGCCGUGGUGGACGCCGGACUCACCGCCAAACAGCUCACGGACGUGGACUUGAGGAAGACGGUGGACGAAAGCGCUCGGAUCCAGCGCUCGUACAGUCACUACUUCGAUCUGACCAUCACCAACGACAACCUGGACGGAGCCUUCGACGCUCUGCAGGCCGCCGUCGACAAGCUCACCGGCGAGCCGCAGUGGGUCCCGGUCAACUGGGUCUACUGAGGGGCCCCCGACGCCGUCCAGGGGCCCCCGAGACAUCCCAGGGCCCCAUAACGUCACCCGGGGGCCCCUUGCUGUCAUCCACGGGUCCGGUGAUCUCACGGUCCUCCAAUUCCAUCAACGGAGUGGUGAACUGAGUCUACUGAGGGGCCCCCAACAUCAUCCAGGGGCCCCACUAAAUCCUGGACCCUUUAAAGAAAGACAUUUAGGAGCCCGGUGCGCUCAGGGGCCCUCCAGUACCAUCCAGGAGCUUGGUCAACUCGGUCUACGGAAGGUUCCCAACUCCAUCCAGGGGCCCCUGAGUCUUCUGUGGGGCCCCCGACCGGGACGCAAACAUUCCUCUGGCGGCACAAAAGGUUUUCUACUCAAAGGGAAAAAGCGCUUAUUUAUUUUAUAACUUUUUAUGAAACUUUCUACUGGAGUUUGAGUGAAGUAAACGGGUCCAUGUGGGUCGUGUCUCUUCUUUUAUUUAUUGUUUCGGUUUGGAUAGAGUUAGAGUUUUGUUAGAGUUUUGUUAGAGUUUUGUGUUAGAUUUUUAGAUAUUCACGCUGUGUUCGCUUCGUGGUGUCUUUAAGGAGACUUUAGACGUAGGCUGACCAGAUUUCAAGAUUUCAAAAUAAAAAUUAAAAAAAGCUGGGACACUCUUGUUUUUUGUUUUUUUUUGGUGGUUGGUAAUAAUAAAAUUGUAAAAUGAGUGCGAAAUUAAGGAAAACUGUUCUACACUCAAUUUUCUUUGUGUUUUGGUUGUUUUUAAUCAGCUUUUCUGUAUUUUACCAAAACAAAUGUCAGUGUGCGUCUCUUUUUACUGUUGGCAGGGAGCAAAUUGGUCAAAAAUCAGGACAUUUCUUGACAAAUCGAAGUUUUUGGGGACGUCUGGUCACUCUGUUUAGACGUUAUGUUCCACUAUCGUCUCACGUUUUGUCUCGUUUGUAAAAACGCCGCUCGCCAGUGUCACGAACUUUAACACUGAACCGUCACGACGUUCACGGGCGCAGAACUCAGACUGAGAUUUGUCCCAUUAUAAACCUGGACAAGAGCCGUUGAACCGAGUUUCUGGAGAAUUGGAUUAACGUCCCUCCAGCCCAGAAAACUAAACGGAAUCACAAACUUCUGGGGUUCAUCUGCAGUGUUGGGGAGUAACAGAUUACCUGUACCAGAGUAAUCAGAGUACAAAUGAUGAGUAACUGUAUUCAGUUACAGUUACUGUUUCAGUGAGUGGUAAUUGGAUUACAGUUACUUUGUUGGAAUAAAUGGAUUACAUGGAGGGAUUUUCCUGUUUUCACAUUUUGGACUAAACCAGGACUAAAACCAGGACUAAACCAGGACUAAACCAGGACUAAACCAGGACUAAACCAGGUCUAAACCAGGACUAAACCAGGACUAAAAGUAAAAUAAACUUCCCAACUCUGUUCGUCUGACGGCUCCUUCAAAAAAACAGCUUUUAAAUCUUAAACUUUAUCCAUCUAAGUGAGCGUGGGUGAUCCUUUUCUGUUUAAAUAAUUAUAUAAAUAGACAAAUUUCUAUAUUUCAAAUGGAUCAUCUCCACAUUUUUCAUUUGGGAUUGAGGCAACGUAAAUAUUUAAUUAGAAAAAGACGAUACGAUGUGUUAAACUGAGAUCCAGGGUGCAUGUGAACGUAGUGACGGACGCCUGUGUGUCGCAGAUUUUUCCUUGUUUUUCUUUUUUUUUUUGUAGUUGUCACUGGACGUGUAGACAAAAACUUAAACAACUGUUCAAAACACAAAUCUCCUGCUUUCAUUUGAGUGUAAAAUGUGUCAAAACUCUCAAUUUUCUGAUGGUAAAACCUGGUUGAACUUCGGGAUGGGACAAGACCUCGUGCCACAAGAGAAAAAUAAAUUUAGAUUAGACAAAAAAAAACAAAAACGUUCAGUGCUGGUGGGUUGCAUCUUUUGAGAAGCUGUGGUUCCAAAAAACUGUGCUGGAACGACAACAAAAAUAUGAAAUGAAGUAAAUACAAAGUCUGAAGACAAUUUGGGAACGAAAUCGGACAAUUUAUAGGUUAGAAAUGAUGUUAAAAUCUCGUUUUGUCUCGUUCUCGUGGACCCAGUCUCGUGUCUCGUCCCAUCCUCAGUCUUACUCCAAAGUAGAUUCUGUAGAUUUGACUCUGGGAUAGUUCAAGUAUUUUAGAAAAGCUCCACAAAAAACCUACUUUACUGUAAUAAUAGUGAGUCUGGAAGAUUAUCAGCAGGUAUUUUAGGUGAAAAAACGACUAGAAUAACUGUGUGGAUGUAACUUCCAAUUAUAAAUAAGGAGGACAAAAUUUUAAAGCACAAAAGUUUUCAAAGAGACACAAAAAUUAGACAAACUAAAUCCGAUAUGAAAGAGCUGCAAGAAACAAAAGUUCAGAAUAAUUUCAGAUUGUCUCAUGACGUUUUUAUCACUUCAAACUCACUCCACAAACAUUACUAAAGUAGAAGUAAAGGUAAAGUACUUUUAAAAUACGACCUACUUCUGUGUUGAAUUGUAAAAUACUGAACUGUCCCAAGAGUUUUAGAGUAUUUCUUCUUACAUUUUCUUUUCAUUUUGAAGUGUCUGGACCUUUGGGCAAACUUAAAAGCUGAAUUGCGAAACUUUCCUGGUGCGUUUCUUGGUCUGGAAUGUUCCGCAGUACGGCAUUAAACCUUUCCAUCUCCACGGAGACCAAGUUUUAGGUCAGAUCUGGGUCAGAGUGUUUGUUCUUUCGAGGUUUUUUCUGAGCUCUAAAAGCCAUUUUAAUGUCACACUGUGGAACUUUUAAGGCAGAGCGAUGGCGUAAAUCCAUAGAAACGAGCGGGAAAGUUCCGCAAUGCGCCUUUAAAUUCGCCAAACCCCUUUUCUUUGGUGCUGCGUUUGAGCUCGUCCACUCACCUGUUUUGUGUUUUACCCGUCACCAAAUACGAACCUAUGCAUCUGCUUUGUGAAUGUCAGAACUUUAAACUUCUGCUGAUUUUCUAAUAAUAAAUAAAUAAUAAAAAUUAAAAAAAAACAACAA